CAGACGGAGGAAGCGAUCGCUUUAAAUUGGCACAAAAGGCACAUUUUCUAAUGAUCUGUCUAUACUGUUUUCAUGAAAUUGUACAUUGUAGACUCUAUGGCCAAGGACAGAGAAAAGAAUAUGGCGGCUGUCGUUCCAACAGCCGAUAUGAUGAUUCAAAAGAAUUCUCAAAUUUUAGUAAAUGUUGAAGAAGCACUGACUGAUUUACUAGUUGUGUCGUAUUGUACUGAAGAUAAAAAAUUUCAGGGUGUGCUUUUGGACUCCAGCAAAGGUAAUUUGCCUUUUGGCGUGUAUAGCCUACAUCCAGCUUUUAAUAAAGAGACUGAAUCCACCGAUAAAAAAGAUGAAAAAUUGCAUUCCGUUAGUCAGAGGUUUACUUACCAAGAGCCUCAAUAUGGAGAUGAAGAUGGUCAAAAGACAAGGAAACCCGGACCCAAGGGUAAGCCUCAGCCUAGACAAAAGAUGACAGUAAGAUUAAGGCCUAGGAAGGUACUAUGCUCAAAUUGUCAAGGUAUAUGCAACGAAAAUAAUGAAAACGUGGACGUGUCUAAAAAACGGAAACUAGACAGCAAUGACGACACUCCUCAAAAUGGUUCCAGGCCACAGAAGGUCGAGAAAAAAUAUUUAAUGAGCAGCAUGUUGAUACCUAAACUGACAAGGCUUGAGGAAAGUGAAAUAAGUACUUUUAGAACAAGUGAGAAAAAAGUUAAAAAUGCUAAAAGUGAAAAAUCGGAAGUGAGUGAGACUACACCCGAGUUAGCAUUUGUUAGUGUUUCUAGCCAUAGUAAUGUCUGUGAUGAAAGUGAAUCGAAGGAGGAUAAUGACGCGUCAUUUAGCUCAUUGUUUUCUAACGCGCGGACUUUAAAAAUAUGCUUUGGUGAAGGCGAGGGCACUGUCGUGAAAAUUCCUCCCCUCGCCGGAGACUACAAUGAAGACUCGGGUGUGUCUUGUGAUAUGGGAAAGCCUGAUUCCAAAGCAGUUAAAAAAGCUUUAAAGAAAGCUAAAAAACAAGCUAAGAAGAUAAAUAUCACAGAUAAAGAUGAAGAAAGCAACACAACUUCCCCAAAACACAUUGGUGCAUUAUCACCGCACAAUAACAUGUCAGACAAUCCAAUGUCAGACCCAUUAGAAAAGAAACAUAAGCACAAAAUAAAACACAAGAAGAAACGUAAAGUGACAAAGAAACGAGAUGAAAACAGUAGUAAAAGUGAUGACAGUAUAGACUAUUUUAGUAAUAUCAAAGAGCACUGUCUUAAACAAAAACUAUCCAUUAGUCUGCGUAGAUUGAGCAGUAAUUCCUAUGAAAAACAAACUGAGCAAGAGACUGAUUCUGAGGACUUGGAAAAUGAAACAGUGCCAGAUUUCCCUGCAAACUCUAUAGAAGGUAUCGGAGGGAAAUUAUUGAGGGUGUCUCCAGGUGAUAUAGUUUGGGGGAAGGUUGUUGGCUUUCCAUGGUGGCCGGGUAGGGUGCUGAGUGUUACACAAACUUCCAGAGCUCAUGUGUCUUGGUUUGCAUCAACCACAUCAUCUUUGAUGCCCUGUGACAAUUUAUGUCCAUUUCUAGAAGAUUAUAAGAUAUGCUUCAAUAAAAAGAAAAAAGGUGCAUACAAAGAGGCUGUAAAGGAAGCUACUAUAGAAGCGAGGAGAUUAGAAUCUCACAUGGACCCAUUGGCAAGCCCGACUCACAGCAACCUGACCACAGUCUCCCCACGUCCCAUUGAUGUGUUCUCAUAAUUGUGAUUGUAUAUUAUAUUUCGAUGCAUUCAAUGAAAAGAGUUAUAUUUCUUAAAUGAUAUCACCCUUUUCGUUAGAUAAGUCGAUUUAUAUCCGAAUUUAAAAUUGAUGUGAUAAUUCUGUAACCACAAGUUCAUUGACCACUUAUUAAGGUGAGUUUCUAUUG